AUGGAAAUAGGAUAAGCAUUAACAUAUAAUAAUAGUAUUAAAAUAUUAGACUUAUCAGGUUGUAAUUUAAGUAGCUUUUUAUUAAGCUAUAUACUUAAAAGACUAAUAAAUAAUAAAACAAUUUAAGAAUUAAAUAUUUCAAAUAAUUAUAAUAUAAAUUAAGAAGUAAUUGAAGAUUUAAUUUAAUUUUUGGAUUAUUCAAAGUAAUAAAAAAAUUGUCUUAAAAUUCUCAAUUUAGCUCAUUGCAAUAUUUAAAUAAUGUAAUAGGCCUUUGUUUUAGCAGCAUUAUAAAAUGCUUAAUAUCUUACCCAUUUAAAUAUGUCUUUUAUGAAAUUUGAAGCUUUUUCUUUAAUGUGUUUAGCUAAUGGACUUAAAAAUAAUAAAAGCUUACAAGAAAUUAACAUUUCAUAUAAUUAAAUAAAAGAAAGCGGUUUAAAAGUUUUCAUUUAAGCUUUUGGAAGUUUCUUUUGGGGAGUUUCUAAUAUAAAAAGUAUUAACUUUGCAGGAAACAAAAUGAAUAAUACAAAAUUAAUAGGGCAGCUUUUAAGGAUAUUUAAUAAAUGUAAAAGUGUUAAUUUAUCAUAUAAUAAUCUUAAUAGAAUAGAUGAUUUUUAUAAUCCUCAAAUAAACAAAAGCUUAGAAACAUUAAUUCUUUAAGGAAAUUUUAUAAAAAUGAUUCCAACAAUAAAUAUGUUCGAAAACUUAACUUAAUUAGAUUUAAGUAAUAAUAAAAUAGGUUUUAAAGGGGCAAAUACAAUAGCCUAAUAUUUAAAAACAAAUCCAAAAUGGAUAUCAUUAAAUCUAGAUGUCAACUUUAUUAAAUCAGAAGGUUUCAAUGUAAUUAUUCAUGCAUUAAGAGAUAAUAAAACAUUAUAAAAACUAUCAAUAGCAUAUAAUAAUUUAGAUGGUGAAAGUAUUAUAUGUAUGAUAGUUAAUCAUGAUGCAUUAUCAAUAUAAUAUUUAGAUAUUACAGGAAAUGCAAUUCAUUAUAGUAUAGUUUUUGUUCUUUUAAAAUUAAUGAAUAAUUGCAAAUUAAGAGUAAUCAAAUUUUGUAAUUUAGUAAAUGAUAUAAAAGGUGAAGGAUAGCAUGAAUCUAAAUUUACAAUUAAUAGUGAGUUUUUAUAAGAAUUAGAUUUUUCAGGAAAUUAGCUUAUUUCCUGUGCAGUUGUUUAUUCUUUAUAAGCAAGAUUUAAUAAAUUAGAAAUAUUGAACUUAAAAGGAUGUUCUCCUUUUCAUGAUUAAGAUUUAGUUAAUUUGGGAAAUUUUGUAAAAAGAAAUGAUUAUUUAAGGCAAUUGAAUUUAAGGGAAUUAAAAAUUGGAAAAUUAAGUUUAAAAUCUAUUGAAAGUUUUGUUUCAGUUUUAAAAUAAAACUUUUCAUUAUAAAAUAUAAAUUUAUCUAAAAAUAAACUUGCAAUCGAUGAUGAAAAAUUAGCUUAAAUUCUCAUUAAUUUAGGUGAAUGUUCAAAUUUAGAAACUCUGGAUUUAAGUUAAAAUGGUAUAACCUAAAAGCAUUCAAAAUAUUUACAAUAGAUGUUAAUAAGUAGUAAGAACCUGAAGACUUUAAGCUUAUCUAACAAUUUUAUUUCUUUAGAAAAUUUAUUAUGUUUAAAAUUUGAGGAUUAAUGGUAAUUGUACUUAAAAAAGAAAAACGAAGAAAAAGACAUUUCAAAAAAUAAGAAAAAACUACUAAAAAAGCAAUUCUAUGAUAAUGCAAAUGAAUUAUUGAAAUUAAAAAUUCGUUUCUUAAAUUUAGAUAAUUUAUGUUUAAAAUCUGACGAUCUUCGUGUUCUAGGUUAUUCUUUAAAUGAAAAUGAAAUAAUACAGGAAGUUAAUAUGUAAAAUAAUAAACAUUUCAACAUUGUAAAUUCGGAAUUUUACAAAUAAUAAAGCGAAGGAUUUGAAUGUAUAAAAUAUUCAUUUUAAUUUUUUAGAAAAUAAAAUUUUCAUUCAUCUAUUUCACAUAAUAAAUAAUAUUUAUAAUAAUUAAUAAUAAAAAACUGUCUUUUUAGUUAAUAAUCAAUUCUUAACUUUUACUCUGCACUUGAAAACUUAUAAAAGUCUAACAAUUUAAAAGUACUUGAUAUUGAUAGUUUGUUAACAUUGUAAGAACUUCUGCCUGAAUUGCUUGCUAUUAUUGGAAAAAUAAGCACUAUUUAAAUCCUCAAAUUGAAAAAUUUACUUAUUACUGAUAAGUUUUGUCAAAAUUUAAUGGUUUUUUUAUAAAGCUCUUAAAAUUUAAAGCUUUUGGACAUUUCUAAUAAUUAGUUUAAAUAGAAUCAAUUCGAGUUUAUUAUAUAAGGAAUAGGAAAUAAUUAAAGUGUAAAUAAUUAUAUAAUGCAAAAUAUUAAAAUCCCUUAGAAUUGCUUUUAAAAUUUGUUUAUCUGUCUUUAAUAAAAUUAAAGAAUUAAACUUUUAGAUUUUUCAAAUAAUUUUUUAGACUAAGAACAGCUUCUUUGUUUGGCUUAAAUGGUUAAAUAAUCUUAAAAAACAAAAUUUCUAAUUUUAUAAAUGCAAAAAAUGGUAAAUGAUAGUGAUUUUUCAAAUACUUUAUAAAAAAGAAGUGAAAUUAAUAAAGAUAUUACAGAAUAACAAUAAGAAAUAAAUAUAAGAUUUUAAAAUAAAACAAGAUUUUAUAUUUAAUUAUAGGCUUUUUAAUAAUUUAUUCAAAUUAUUUUUUAAAGUCAUUCUUUAAGACAUUUAGAUUUAUCUAAUUGUGGGUUAACUUCUUUCCAUCUGAAAAUUAUUGUCGAUGAAUUAACAACUAAAUAAACUUUAAUAAAGUCUUUUAAUAUACCAAAUAAUAAAAUAGAUAAAUAGUGUGCUAUAUAUAUUAAACAAUUAUUGGUUUAAAGUAAAUAUAUUAAAGAAUUAAAUAUCAAAAAUUGCGAAAUUAAAAUUGAUGCUUAUUAGGAAAUAUGUUAAGCUCAGAAAGAUAUAUUAAACAAUUUAUAAUUUUUAUUUUUAAAUAAGAAUAAUAUAUCAAAAAUCGGGAAUCAAUAAUUAAAAAAGGUUUAUGAAAACAAUCACUAAAUAUUUAUAAUAAAUGAAUGGAAUUAAGUAGAUAAUAUAUUAGCUAAUUACAUAAUAUAAUCAUAUGUAAAUGUAUUUGAAAAAUAUUCAUUCCUUCAAAAUCUUGUGCCAAGAUAUUUAAGGAAAAUUUCAAUUAUAAAAUCUUAUUUGGAUGAUGAUUUUUGUAUUAGUUUUGCAAAAAAACUUUAUAAUUUUAAAUUUUUAUAAGAAAUUGAUCUCUCUGAAAAUCCAUAUAUAUCAUCAAUUGGCAAAAUUUUCCUUUUUAUGCACUUAUUUGAUAUUAGAUGUGAUAAUUAAACAUUAAAAAGUCUAUAAAUAAUAAAUACUGAUAAUAAUUCAUAUGAAUAAAUUAAUAUUGUAGAUGAAGGAAUUAUACAAUAUUUUUCAAGGAAAUCAAGUGAUAAUUUUCAAAUUAAAAGCAUAUUUUAAAAUAUAUUUACAAAAAUAUUAAGCUAAAAUAAUAUAAUUUCUUCUAAAUAUUAAAUGAAUUGUACCUUUAAUAAAAAUGCAGAAAAAGGAACAUUUUCUUAUGUAUAUAUUUACUUUUUAAUCAUUCAUUUUGUUUAAAAUUUUUAAACCCAUAUACCUUUUUAUUAUAUUUUUAUUUCAGAACAUUAAUCUGAGCUUUAAUUUGAUGUAGUAUUUUAUUCUGUUUUAGUAAUAAACUUUUUAUUAUGCAUUUUUGAAUUAGUUUUUGUUUGUAAAAAAAUAUAAAAGUUAAAGGAAAAAUUAAAUAAAAUAAAAAAUUAAAAAAAAAAAUUUAAAAAAUAUAAAAAAAGGCCUAGAAAGGAGAAACAGUGUUUUAUUAUUUUAAGGUGA